UGAACUCCAGCUGUGAGUGACGGAUUUGUUGUCAUUGCGCACGGCCCGCCGAGCACUUUUUGACUUAGAAACAAAGACUGAAGGGACACUUGGACAUCGCGUAAUUCCAGAGUCAACAAACUUUGUGCACAGCUGUGGAAAGUUUAUUUUCUUUUGCGUUUGCAAACAAUUCCUUCAGAGUCCUCGUACUCUUCCCCGGGGACUCCAAGAUGGGGUUUACUGAUAUUCUGGAUCAAAUUGGUGGCCUUGGACGCUUCCAGAUUAUUCAUGUCACUUUAUUGUCGAUUCCGGGUCUUCUCAUGGCCAGCCAGAAUCUGUUGAAUAACUUCACAGCCGGUACUCCGGGGCAUCACUGUUACGUACCCAACGGGACCUCUCGAGCAAUCGACCAGAAUAUUUCCGUGCUGGAGGUGGGCAACCGGGAGAUACUCCGGGCUUAUAUCCCAAUGGAUGGAGGCUCCAAGCUGUCAAAGUGUACCAGAUUCAAAACGGCGCAGUGGUAUCUUAUAAUGGCCAAUAUGAGCGCCAUUAAUACGCACGUCAAUUUCACAGAAACGGAAACGGAGUCGUGCCAAGACGGUUGGACCUAUGACAGGACUGAAUUUGAGGCCACCAUUGUCUCGGAGUGGGACUUGGUGUGUGCCCUGCGCCCUCUCAAGCAGAUGACCCAGACCAUUUACAUGGGGGGCGUCCUCACCGGAGCCAUCAUUUUUGGGGGACUGUCGGACAAGUUUGGUCGCCGGGCACUGUUGAUCUGGUCCUACUUCCAGCUGGCCACCCUGGGGACCUGCACGGCCUUCUCCAACUCCUACCUGACCUACUGCAUCUUGCGCUUCCUGACGGGCAUGGCCGUGUCUGGUGUGAUCCUCAACACAGUCUCCCUCAAGGUGGAGUGGAUCCCCACCAAGACCCGCACGAUUGUGGGCACCUUGUCCUCCUUCUUCUUCACCUUUGGACAGAUGGUCCUGGCGGGCGUGGCCUACUGCCUCCGGGACUGGCGCAAGCUGCAGGUGGCCGUCUGCGCUCCCUACUUCAUCUUCUUCCUGUACAGCUGGUGGUUCUCAGAGUCUGCCCGUUGGCUGAUGCUUAACCGCAGGCCGGAGGAUGCGCUCAAACACAUCCACCGCGUGGCCCGCAUCAACGGCAAGCCGGAGAUGGCGGAGAAGAUCACCCUGGAGGUCCUGAGCUCCAGCAUGCAGAAAGAGGUUCAAUGCAGUAAGUCCAUCUACACCAUGUAUGACUUACUGCGCACCCCAGUGAUGAGGAAAAUCUCCAUUUGUCUCAUGUUCGUUUGGUUCUCCACUAGCUUCGCUUACUACGGCCUGGCCAUGGACCUGCAGAAGUUUGGCGUCAGCAUCUACCUGAUCCAGGUGAUCUUCGGGGCUGUGGACAUCCCUGCCAAACUGCUGGCCAUGGGCUCCCUCAGCUUUCUGGGGAGGCGCAUCUCCCAGGCGGCCUGUCUGAUCCUGUCCGCGGCCGUCAUUUUCGCCAACAUCUUCGUUCCCUCAGACAUGCAGAACUUACGGACCACCCUGGCUGUUUUGGGUAAAGGGCUUACCUCCGCCUCCUUCACCUGUGUCUACCUGUUCACAGGAGAGCUGUACCCCACCGUAAUCAGGCAGACAGGCAUGGGGUUUACUUCCACUAUGGCGAGGGUGGGGUCCAUGGCAGCACCCGCUGUGUUGAUCCUGGACGAUUACCUGCCCACCCUGCCCAGCAUUGUGUACGGGGGCUCGGCCGUGGUGGCCGGCAUCUUCGCCUUCUUCCUCCCAGAAACCCUCAACGUUCCCCUGCCGGAGACCAUCGAGGAUGUGGAGGAGAAAUGGGGGAGACAGAAGGGAACGUCGCAGAACAUGAAGGAAGUGGUAGCAUUGCAGGACAUGAAGGAGGGCGUGGAGUACGAGGACGGAAAAACUAUCGGCCUGAACGCCCUCUAAUAAACUACACACUCCCAUGCACUGACUGACCAGUAAAACACUCACUGUACUCACUUUUCAAACUGACUUGAACACUGGUUUCAGCAUGUAGGCCUCUAAUUAGUGUAGACCAACACAUUAUACUGACCAAAUAAUGAUUCAACAGGGCAGAACACGUAUGCCACACUUCUAAUGGGAAGUGCAUGAAAAUGGCUUGUGUUCCUUGUGUCCACCACAGGGUGGCGCCACAUAUCUGAGAGCAGAGAUGAGACCUUUUUCUUGCCUCCUGUGUAGAGCACAGAGGUUUGCUGUAGAAUUAACCCUCUGUUCAUUGAAAUGACAGAAAUCUUCAGUAAUGAUGUUUAUAGCAGUUCAGAGGCCACCGUUUUAAGUUCAGGGGAGUUAAGGAAAAAUUAUAGAUAAUACAUGAUAAUUAUGUCUAUAUAUAAUUAUAUUAUAAUUAUAAAUAUUAUAUAUAAUAAUAUUUAUGUGUGCUCCCUUUGAUAUUGAGAUGUAUGAUAUUAUUAGUACUGUAAGUAUUGAGCAUGCAUUAUAACUGGACUUGCGACAAGGAUCUUUCUCCAUCUAGGGUUCUAUUUUGUUUUUCUCAAUCAUUUUGUUUAUGAAUGAUAUCACUGUAGUGCUUAAUUUAAAAAGAAUCGUGCCACCAGAAUAAAUUCAGCCCACCUGAACUUUAUCAUACCAUCUUGAAAUAAUGCCCCCCCCCCCAUGUCAUUCACAGCCCUCCCUCAAAUCCUCUCAGUGAUGCAGCUGCUAUGAUAACUGUUCCCAUGCUUACACUGUGAUGUGUGUCUAUGCCUGUUGUACUACAGACUUGGAAUGAUAAUGUAUGUAUCUCUUUAAGCUUUUUCUUAACACCAGAAAUUCAGAAAAAGUAAACCUUUAAAACUGAGAUUUGUUUAGGAUGAUUAAUGAAAUAUAUAGACAAUUAUAACAGAAGUUAGACUAUGACCUAAAUAUUUUUCCGUUAAUUUCCCUGGCUUGUAUUCCUUAGAGUGUUUAUAUCUUACUUGAGGUUGCUGUCCCCUUGAACUCUGACAUCACACUGUGGUGGAAGAACCCUAUAGUAAGAACAACAGAUGUUGUCUCAGUGACAUGCAGUCCACUACGAUUGCAAUGUAAAGCUUUAAGCCACAAGUCCAGCGACCUUCUUAAUGCAUCAUGCAGUAUUUUAAAAUGACUGCAUCUCUGUAGCGGUUAACACUGACAAUGUGAACAAGAAGUUGAUAUCUACUCAAAACAAGUGCACUUUUUUGUUUUAAGGUAGGAUGUUUUAUAGAUAUGUGUAAAAAGUGAAUAAAUAGUUAUAAAGCAUAGCAGAAGAAUCUGCAGAUAAAUUUUUAUACAGACAUUAGUAUUACCAUUUCAUGGACUUUUAACUUUAACUUAAAGUUAGUAAUGAAGACAAAAUGACACUGUUGUAAUGGAACGUCAACCCCUGGCCAAUCAGACUGUUAUAUGGUAAAUAUUUAUUAAUUUUCAUUUUAAAAUGAUGUAAUAUGUUUCCUGUUGUAUUGCGGCAAUUUUAUUAUUGGUUUUAGAAAGAGGAUAUUUAAAUAUUUAGUUUUAGCCAACAUUGUGUUGACAGUUUAUCUCUAAAAGCUAAAGCUAAUUUCAUGAAGCAAAGCUUUUUUACAAACAGUUUUUCUGCUCAGAUUUUGUCCAUGGCCUGUAUUUUUGGGCAUAUUAAAAAUUCAGUAAAUA